AUGGCGCCGCCGCCGCACAUCGCCGUUGUGGCCUUCCCUUUCAGCUCCCACGCCGCCGUGAUGCUCUCCUUCGUGCACGCCCUCGCCGCCGCGGCGCCGGACGGGACGGCCAUCUCGUUCGUCACCACCGCCGACUCCGUCGCGCAGCUCCGGAAUCCGACGCGCUCCUGGGCAACCUGCGCUUCGUGGAGGUCGCGGACGGGCUGCCAGCUCCGUCGGGGCAGAUGCCAAUGCUGCCCUCGCCUCGACGGAUGGAGCUCUUCAUGGCGGCGCAAGGCGGCGCAAGCCUCCGCUGGCGACGCCAGGGUGAGCUGUGUCGUCGGGGACGCGUUCGUGCGGAUGGCAGCCGAGGUGGCCGCCGCUACCGGCGCGCCGUGGGUGCCUGUCUGGACCGCCGCGUCCUGCGCCCUCCUCGCGCACAUCCGCACCGACGCGCUCCGCCAGGACAUCGCCGAUCAGGGUACGUCGUGCACAUCAGAGCGGUUGAUGGUGUAA